CCAUCUUUACGGUCAUUAUAAACCAUGGAUCACGGUCAAAUUUAACCAUGGUUUGGUUAGAUAAACCCAAGAAGUUAAAAAGAAAGGAACCCACACACACUCUAUAUAACGUUCUGUUGACUAUCAUCCUUUUUCUUGUUUUCUCUCUGCAAGAUUCGAUACCAAUGGAAGAACGUCAAGAGCUUCGUCGUUUGAUCCCUCGUCAACUCGUUGCAACCGUGCUCGGCCUUUACACAAUCUACAACGAAGGAGAGUCUGGUUUCGACCUCUCACCAGAUCCAAACACUGCAAGGGGAGGCGUUUCGUUGGCUUGUGCAUCGGGGUCCAACACGUUAGCUCGUAUGUUUUUUAUGAUGGUCAUCUUCAGAAUCACUGUAACGCCGGUGGUGCUGGAACAGCUGCGGAGGACAAGAGAGUCGUGUGAUGUCAACCUUGUGCUCGUUUCCUUUUCUCAAAAAGACCAAAUGGACGGAGGAGUUCUUGAGAUACAUGACGAGAUGCGCCGAGUAACCGACCGUUUCUACGUAGCAGUCGUGCUCGACAUUUUCACAAGAUACUGCAAACGACGCUUUGGUUUGGACCUUAAGGAAACGAAGGAGGAGCACGUGGCAGUCUACUGGGCGAAGGAGUUCAACCUGUUAGCUCAUCUAUGUUUUCUGACUGUGAUGAUCGGAAUCGUUCAAGUGCCGGCGGUGGUGGAGCGGAUUAGAAGAGUGCAACCAGACGCAGACAUAAGGUUGGGGCUCGGGAUCAUCUGCUUGUCCAUCUCCUUGUCUUUCUCGGCUUACCUUCGCUGGUUCGUUCUCGCAUGAGUGUGAGUCUAUUCCAUCCAUCCCACGUCGUCGUUUACUGAGAUCAUUGAGUCUCUCUCUCUUUAUGUUUUUUUUCUUUCUUUGGUUUUUAAGCAAAAGAUAUUUAGAAACAAGAGUCUGGCGUUGUCUUUUUUUUUAUUAUUUCAUUUUGGCAGAAUCAUCAAAAAGCUUUCGUCUUU